CGCUAGUGCAAUCCUCACAAAAGGCUGAUGGGUGAGGCUGGGCAAGCUUGGUUGAUAUUUUGAUGUCAUCCUUCAAUUCAACAUUUAAUAAUAACGAGCCCCUCUCACUUCGUGGCACCGUCGCAAUGCCCCCCAAAAAAAAGAAAGGAAGUACACGAGCUGCUUCGACGCCCGCAGAAGAUCAAGAUGCAAUGGCCAUUGAUACUCCUCAAAAGGCUGAACCACCAAAAUCAAGCUAUAAUAUUUUGAAAGACCCAUGGACGGAUGAACAGGAAACCUCGUUAUUCAAAGGCAUAGUCAAGUGGAAACCAGCUGGUAAGACUACAUUCAAUUAGAACCGACAGUCCAGCAGAUCAGAGGAGUUAACCAUUUAAUCUAGGCAUGCACAAACACUUUCGCAUGAUUUCACUUUCAGAACAUCUGCGAAACCACGGUUAUGAUCCUCGCGUCGAGCCGCAUACUCGAAUACCCGGAAUCUGGGAAAAGUUACGAACUUGUUACAAUCUGGAUGUAAUUGACGACCGGGAGAAUUCAUUUGAUUACGAAGAGGAUACUGAAGACCGUUUUCCCGAAUUCACAUUACCCGACAACGUUUAUGGAGAGAUGUGUUUCAUGCGAGGGAGGCGGACUGAUGAAGAAAUAAGUGAAGCUCCUUCAUCACCUCCGAGGUUAAUGGAGACUUCAGAACCAAAGGAAUCGCCAGAGCCAGAGGUCCAUGGUACGAGUAGGAAAAGGAAGAGAGGAAAGGAGAGAGGAAGUACCGUUGAUACGACGGAGACGAGAACAUCACCUCACGCCCAGAGUUCACCACCAAAAUCAACCAGAGCCGGAAGAAGCGCUAAUAGAGCGGCGGGAAAGGCGAAAGCGGAAUCGAGUUCGAGACAGCAGAGCGUUGCAACAGUUGCAACCGCGGAGGAUGGAGUGGAAGACGACGAAGACGAGGAUGAAGAACACGAUGAAGGUAUUGAUGGAACACCCACAAGACCUAGGGGAGCGGAUACGAAAAAGUCCAGGGCACAAUCUUCUACCAGGAAAAGCAAAAGAAAAAGAUGAUCCACUCGAGAUCAUUCGGUGAUAGGUGUUUGUAUUGGGAGAUGAAUAUGGAGCGGGGCGUUCUUGAAGCUACUUUUAUCUAUAUACCAACGGUCCUUGUAUCAUAUGGCGUAUGGUUUUCAUGGUAAUACACUAGAAUAUCGAACUGGGUGGUUGGUAAAGCGUUUCCCUAAGUUAUUUGUGUUAAUAUACUGUACAUGAAAGCUCUAGAAGAGGAUAUAUUUACGAGAAAAGAAAAGAAACAUUUUUAUAUUAAAUAUUAGCU